AUGCCACCCCCAGCUGCGCUCAAUCCUGGAGAGAGCGCAAAAAGCCCCAUCACGUGGUCCUACCUGGCUGCAGGCCUGGCCACAGCCCUCAGCCUCUCACUUUUCAUCGUGGCCGCUGUCAAGUGUCGCCUCUUCCAUCGUUUCCUGGCCAGCUACCGACAUUCCCUGCUCCUGGAAGCCGACGGGAUCAGCCAAUACGGCCAGGAGGCGCCGUUCCCUGAGAAUGGCACAGUGGAUACAGUGAGAGGAGAUGUUGGGACCCAGAGUCGGGUGGAUGAAGACGAUGAUGGCUUUAUCGAGGAUAACUACAUCCAGGCCAGUGAGAGAGACAGGGCAGAGAGAGAGACACAGGAAGAGGAGGAUGGGCUGGAGGACAGUGAAGACGAUCUUCAGUUCACCAUUGGAUGA